AAAUCUGACUUUGGUUAAGGGCGGUGCUGGAAAUGGUUGGCAAGGAGAACUUGAGGACAGAAGACUUGAAAUUGUGCUUUGAGAAGCUUAUGAUGGUUGCUGGCAGUGGAGCUAGUGGGAAAGGAGUGAACAUGAAAGCUGGGAAGAUCACAGAAUGGAAGGAUAUUCCAGUGGAGCUUUUGAUGCAAAUUUUGUCACUUGUGGAUGAUCAGACGGUGAUGGCAGCUUCUGAAGUGUGUCGUGGUUGGAGAGAUGCGAUUUUCUUUGGACUUACCCGUUUAUCACUCUCAUGGUGUAGCAAGAACAUGAAUAACUUGGUCCUUUCUCUUGCUCCUAAGUUAACAACAUUGCAAACUCUAAUUCUUCGUCAAGACCAGCCUCAACUAGAGGACAAUGCUGUUGAGACUAUUGCAAAUUUCUGUCACGACCUGCAGACCCUGGACCUCAGCAAAAGUUUCAAGCUUACUGAUCGUUCACUGUAUGCCAUAGCCCUUGGUUGUCGUGAUCUUAAAAAACUGAAUAUUAGUGGGUGUUCAGCCUUUAGUGACAAUGCUCUGGCUUACCUAGCCAGUUUAUGCAGAAAACUGGAAGUUUUGAAUCUCUGUGGAUGUGUUAAAGCUGCAUCUGAUACUGCAUUGCAGGCAAUUGGACAGUACUGCAAUCAGUUGCAGUCUUUGAACCUUGGAUGGUGUGAAAAUGUCAGUGAUGUUGGAGUGAUGAAUUUAGCAUAUGGGUGCCCUGAUCUUAGAACACUUGACUUAUGUGGUUGUGUCCUUAUAACAGAUGAUAGUGUGAUUCCCUUGGCAAACAGAUGUCCUCAUCUGAGGUCCCUUGGGUUGUACUACUGCCAAAACAUCACAGACAGAGCAAUGUAUUCUUUGGCGAAAAGCAAAUUGAAAAAUAGGAUGUGGGUAUCUAUGAAAGGUGGAAACAACGAUGAGGAUGGGCUAAAGACUUUGAACAUUAGCCAAUGUACAGCACUCACCCCCUCUGCUGUUCAGGCUGUGUGUGACUCAUCCCCUGGACUUCACACCUGCUCUGGAAGGCAUUCACUCAUUAUGAGUGGUUGUCUGAAUCUGACGUCUGUGCAUUGUACAUGUGCUGUCCAGGCACAUCGUUCUUCCAGCACUCUCCCUCCUUCAGCUCAUUGAGCCUUAGGGUUUGAUGCAUAAGACACUUUGAGGAAGUGCUCUUAAAGGGCUCAGAGAAUUGAGAAAGAAUUUACCUAUUGUAGGUAAGUUUAUGUUGAUGUCUGCAUAUUAUGUUAAACAGCCUGAACUUGUACCUGAGAGUUUCUUUUAAUCUUUGAAUUAUAUGUGAACCGUAGGACGUUUUGGAUGUAAAA